GGUCCUUUACAACCAGAACCUGGCAGUAUACCAGCAUUUGCACAACUUUAUUUUUACGAUCCACAAUAUGCAGCAGAUCUCAGACAGUCAACACAUCCAAGAUUAGAUAGUUCAGUACUAUUGGCUCUAACAAAUGAGUUGCAUCAAGUAAAUCCAUAUAUACAUAUAUACAAGACUGCAAAGGAGCAAUUAGACAGUAUAGAAGAUAGUGGGGUGGAGGCACAAGUAGUUCUGAAUCCACAAUUACGAUUAGUUAUGGAGACAGGUGCAGACAAAAGAAGGGAGAAUUUACCUGCAAGUAAUGAAAUUGCUGCUAUUAUUCCAAAUGAGUAUGGAGAGCCAGGAUUUCGAGAUAUAGUCUUAGCUAAGCGCUUAGCAAAUUCAGGAAGUGCUUUCAGUACUAUCAAUCCAAAUCAUGCAAGCUAUAUGGCAUUACACUAUGUUUUACUUUUUUCUCAGGGAGAUUUGGGUUGGCACUGGAGCCUAGAGAUACAAGAC